ACACUCGUACUCAAAGCACAACACUGAACACCACUUUGAUAUGAGGGAACAGUUAUGACCUACUCUUUAGUAGAGAUGGAAAACACACAGGGCAGGGUAACUGCAGGAGUAGUGAGAAGCACUGACACAGUUGACGAGGCAAUACAUGCUUAUUAAUUAUUUGUUUUUAUACUAGUGUAUAUUAUUUUUUAAAUCGGUUUCAGGUAAACUGGUUGGCGCUUAUUGACGGGGUGUAUGUGCGUGACUGCACCUGGCGCAUAUUGAAGAGGGUGAUUGCUAACUUCCUUGGCAAAGAACCUCAAUUGGAGGGGAGUCAAUGGAAAGACUUCACUGUCCGCUCUCCAACUCGGAGAGGUCAUGAUUGCUGCAGUUCAUAGAAACCUCUUCACGGCUAAAGCUGCAGAGAUGGAGGUCGAGGGGACCAUGAAGAGGCGGCUCCAGCUGGCAUCAGAUCGAGAGUGUGGGCGCAAGAGCAGACUUUUGAUAAAGGAGGAUAUUUACAGUGUUUUAACUGCUGUGUUUUUUGCGCUAUUUAUUAAUUUGUUAAAAUGUUCAUAUUAUAGUCUAUUUUUAAUUGUUUAUAAAAGUCCUUGCUGUUUUUAAGUGGCUGAAUUAGUGUGUGUGCACGCGUGUGUGCGUGCGUGUUGGUAGCUGGGUGGGUAUAUAGUUCUGGUCUGAAGUUGACAUACCCCUUGCAGGAGAAAGAGACCCUGUGUAAUCUGUUUAAACGACUUUUACGCAUGUUUUGCAGAGAGAUCAUUUUCACCUUGCUGUUUGGGUCUCUGUCCCACACUGUUACAGUGCAGUAUUGAGAGCGCGAGGGAGAUCGAUUUUCUAUCAGAAACAGUAACUAUAUAAAAUGGACGUCAACACGCAGCACUCUGUGAGGUCAUUUCUCGCUCUCAACAGAGUAGUUGUGAUUGUUCAGUGUUUACGACAGGGCCAAAACAUUCAAGGCCAUGGUGUAUUUUGACUGUUCCUGUAGCAUAAUCUCACCAAACUGAGUCUAUUCACAGUUCCAUGCUGUGUAGAUGUUCUGCUCAUCCUCACUGUACCGUAAAGGUCAGAACCUCACAUCUGUAACCUUGUAGCUUUCCUUAAUCAACACGACUGCGACCAAGCUUGUGUAUCACUACUAUUUUUAGAUCUCCGCCUCUCAAAAGUAUUGGCGCCCUGCGCGGCCGCCUCUCAAAUCUUUUGCCGCCCUAACCGGCCGGCUCUCAAAUCUGUUGGCGCCCUAUGCGUCCGGCUGUCAAAUCUAUUGGCGCCCUAUGCGUCCGGCACUCAAAACUAUUGGCGCCCUUCUCGGGCAGUUCUCAAAAGUAUUGGCACCCGAUCUGAAUUUUGCCACGGCAAGCACCUCUCACAUUUUCUUCAGGAAAUGUACCUUAAAAUAAUAAAAAGUCUCUCACUAGGCUGUGUGUCGAGAUAAACGUGAAAACAUCUUGAGCUUGUGUUCACCACAGACCUUAUUUCCGGCAUUUAACCCAAAACCCCAUUGACGGAAGUGCUAAUACGCUGACUCGUUUCUGGGUUUCACGACUCAUUCCUGCAGCACUCUGUAAGACGGGCUGUUGUUAUCAAACCAUCGAAGUAAGAUAAGCGGCUUUGGUAAUGAUUCUUUAAAUUAACCGAUUCAGAAUCCUCUUCUUGAAUCAUUUGAGUCGUUCUCACUCGGUCAGGGUUGCACGUGUGGGUUGCUUUUCUUGCACGUGUAAUCAGCACGUGUUCACAGACCGUAAAUCCCGACCCCAUGGUAGACACUCGACAGAAAUUUCAUACUAAAGUAAGUAUUUUAUAUUUUCUGGGUCUAAACAGAGCAGAAGUAAUGCUAACGUGUUGUACAGAUUCUAUUGGACUAGUGAACUGUGUGGAUUUGUAUAUUUAACCCAGUUUAAUAUGGCCUGCUUUGUUCAGUCAGAGACAAGUAAAUCUGUUCUAAUGUUCAUUUAUUUUCCAUAGAUAAAACACAUGUUUGUUUACACAUGAAUACGUACUUUAUGCCUUCAGAAUGGUGGAGAUUUGGCUCUUAACUAUGGUUAAGUGGGGGGUACUAUAAAAUGCACAGUUCUGAGACACUAUAUACCUAUACUGUGAAAUCAGUACAUGUGUGUGUUUAGAAUGAUUAUAGCUUUUGGGGAAAAAAACUAUUCUUGAAUCUAUUAGUCCUUGCACCUGUAACGUCUCCCUGAGGGCAACAGAUCAGAGCCAGGGUGAGAGCUGUCCUCAAUGAUGGUUUUUCCUCUGCUGAGGCAACGGGGGGGGGGUGUAAAUAUCCAUCAGGGAGGUGUUGUGGAUAAAAAAUGUCAUAAAAUAAACAUAAGGGAGACCUAGCAUCCAGCAAAGGGGAGAAGAAGAAAAGAUGGGCACCUAGACACAUAGAAGCGGGAUUAGGCUGACAUUGACAAAUUGGAAUUACACUUUAAAGAUCUUUAAGAGCAGUAGUAGUCAAAAAAGUCAAAAAGAGGUAUACGAGCUGAGCUGAGGAGUGCUAAUACACACACACAAACACACGCUCGUACAGUCAAGGGCGGGCAAGUAGACACAACAUACACACACAUGAAUAACUUUAAUAAUCUUAUAGUAAUAGAGAAACUCUCUAUAAAAAAACAGAAUAGUAGGAUAUGCAGGACAGUAUGGAGGAUAUCCAGGAGCUUAAGCUCAUCACUUCUGAGAAUUCUCAUCGGUGUGGAUCUCGUGUGGUGGAACGGAACAAUAAAUCUGGACCCUUGCUUCUUCUCACUCAUGGCUGGUGUCUUUUUUUUCUAUCUCCAACUGGGCUCAGAGGUAGAUGUGAGUGUUGGCUUCUAUGUUGAAUUUUAAGUGUUUUUGGGUAAUAGGCUAUAUUUGAGCCAACAGAGGGGAGAGGUAAUAAAUAAACUUAUAAAUGUGAUUACUUGAUGACCGUAGACAGAACUCUAUAAAUGUGAAAUGUUUUGUUGAAGUUCAGAUGAAUCUCUGAUGUACAGAAUCUUCAACAGAGUUCUGCAGAAAGAUUUUAAAUGCCUGUCAUUCACCAGAACAAAUUUGCAGUUGAACAGUCUGUCUAAAAGAAAAAAUCUAAACACACAAUAUAAAAUUCCUGCAGUGUGAAUAAAGCCUUUGUGUUGCUUUUAGCAAACAUGUCUAGUACUCUCGGUUCAAUGUACACAAUUUACCCCAUUUAAAUGCAUUUUGGAAAUUGUUCCACAUGGCCUUAAAGUGUGAAUAUUCACUGUACGCCAAAUAAGUAAUCAAAGAAUGGAACUGAAUUUUUUCUUCUCUAAUGGACCAUUAAUCACAAUUAUAAAAGAUGAUGCAUCAGGUACAAAGUAUCAGGGUUUUUUCCCCCUCUUUUUCCCACAAUAGUUGCAUGAUUUUUGCUACACCCUUUCCACCAUGUGUGUGUGUGUGUGUGUGUGCGCGCGCUACAAAUCACUUUGAGGUAAAAAUAUUUUAAGGCAGCCACUUUCACCUUCCUACAACAAUUGGUGACUGGUCUGAGGUGAAGCUUCUUGUCAUGUUACUGUGGUCAUGGAUCACAUUGUGGGGCUCUCUGUAAUGUAACCGUUUCUGUAAUUAUCCUUACUUGCCUUUGCGCUUUUGUGCUUCUGCGUCUUCUGUUGGUGCUUUAUUCUGCUUUUUAGGGCCCGAGCACCGCUGCUGCAAAGCCCUAUUGGAUCUGCUGUUUAUUAUUGGGGCAGAGCACCGAAGGUGCAGCGCUUCUGGUGACCACCGGAGGUGCAGGGCCCUAUUGAUUUUCUGGUGUUUAUUGUUUAUUUCAUGCAUUCUUGUCGUUUUUAAGGACCUAAACAUGGCUGAAAACUCCCAAAACUCGGUAGACGCUCCAGCUCCAGUGAAAAUGUAACUUGCAUGGGCAUGGUCGAGGAGCUCCUUAGCACCCCUGAAGGCAGGCAAUGGUCGGGAUGAAGUUGCUCCGAUGUGCACGAUUUACCAUAUAUAUAUAUAUAUAUAUAUAAAUUAGAUAGAUAUGGGGUAAUAAAGUGUAACAUAUACAUAAUUCACAAUAAUUUAAUAUCAGAUAUCAGUUAGAUUCAGCUUCGGACACAAGUUCCAGGUACUGAUCGAGAAGGAGUGGAUCAGCUUCGGACACAAGCUGGCCUCGGUGCGUAUGAGCAGUGAGGGCGUGGUUGUGUGUGGGCGCGUGAACGCAUGUAUAUUUAACCCCAUCUUUCUCUCUCUGUGUGUUUCUCAGCGUGUCGGCCUUGGAGAUGAGAAUCACGCCAACUCGGAACGAUCCCCUCUCUUUGUGCAGUUCAUCGACUGUGUGUGGCAGAUGAUGAGACAGUUUCCUUCUGCUUCUGAGUUCAAAGAGCUUUUUCUCAUCCCCAUCCUGGAUCGCCCCUACAGCUGCCUGUUUGGUACAUUCCUCUACAGCAGUGAGCAGGAGAGAAUGGAAAAGGAAGUACAGGGUAAAACGGUCACUGUGGUCCUACGUUAACAGUCAGCCGGAGGACUUCACUAAUCCGUUCUAUGUGGACUGUAAAAACCAGGUGCUGUAUCCACUGGCCAGUCUCACACAUCUGGAGCUCUGGGUGGGUUAUUAUGUGCGCUGGAACCCACGCAUGAGACCUCAGAUGCCGCUCCAUCAGAAUUUGAGAGAGUUACUGUUUUUGCGUGAAGAACGUGGAGGAGCUCCAAAGAGAGGCCACGUCAUCCUGCUCCAUCUCCUCAUCCUCAGAGCAUACUUCUCCCUCCUCACAUAGUGGAGGCGGUUCAGCUGGACGGCGAGAUCCUGCAUGCGCUGUGAAGCGAGUGUGUUCUGUGGCGUAUCGGCACCUGGACAAGCACAAGAUCGAGCCGGUGCUCUACAUGAUGGAGUGGUUCAUGUGCGCCUUCUCCAGAACUCUGCCCUGGGCCUCGGUCCUCAGAGUGUGGGACAUGUUCCUGUGUGACGGAGUGAAAAUGAUAUUCUGUGUGGGUUUGGUGGUGUUGACGUCCAUGCUGGGUACUCGGGAUAAGCUCAAGGCCUGUCCGGGUCAGUAUGAGACCAUGGAGGUCCUCGGAGCGAUUGAGCCUAGAUACAUGCAGGAGGGCUUCUUCGUGCUCCAGGUAUCGGCACAGGACGUGGAACGUGAGCAACGCACGCAGCUGAAGCGCUGGAAGAAGAAGCGCGGCGAGCCCGGCCCCAAACUCCCUCAGAGAAUGCACAGUGCUCGCACCAUCAUGGCCACCGAGCCUCAUACACACCAAGACCUCCGCCAGAAACCCACCAUUAUGGUCCAGUACCCAUCGGUCCCUGAGGAGAAGUCCGAGCCGAACCUCAGGAAGAAGAGAGGGAGCCUGAAGAAAAACCAAGCCCUCAUUCCUAACCCCUACACGCUACCUGGCGAGUCUAAACCUAGUCAGAUAUUGGACAUACAGCUUCUGAACCAGGAAAAUCUCAAUCUUGUACUUCCAAAUACACCAUUACAUCCACCACGGCUUCCUACAAUGCAGGAAAAUCAGGUCAAAGAGACGAGCACUUCUACAGAGCGACUCGUGCAGCGUCCUCGAAUUCCUCCAUCGAUAAGAAACUGCCAGAAUCUAUCCCUCUGCAACAUCUAUCCCUCCUAACUGCUCCUGUACACGGAUCACCUUCAGCGUAGCGUCCUCACCUGCUGAAAUGUGCUCCUGCCCAAUCCAGAGAACCUGACCAUGAUGAGCUCCCUAAUAAUACAUAAAACUCAGCCACCAUUUUGGAUCCAUCUACACACUCAAGCCCUCUGCUUACGCACAACGCACCUGCCACCCACGACUCGCCUGCUGCUCCCGAGUACAAAAACAACACUCAUUGAUUUUUUUUUUUUGUUGUGCGUGUUAAACAGUGUGAUACGUUGAGGAAUUGAUUAUUGGCACACGUCUACUGAAUAGCAAGGAUCGUUAAGUCUUUAACGUGUUAUAGUUUACACCGGAGGAACUGCAAACAAUCUGAGAGGGAGAAACCCGUCAGCUACUAGAGGGCACACUUGGUCCAAAAAUGUACACACACUCCACAAAAACUCUGCAGUGCCUGAGGAGUGUUUACUCGCUCCAGUCUUCAGAAGGGAAACUGCCUACAGAUUCACUUUUGAAAGACUUUCACAGGCAUCACAAACAUUUGUUUAUAUUGCACUCGUAUCAAUUUGGCAGGUUUUUUUCUUCUUAAUCCGAAGCAACCACCACUUCUUUGUGUUUGUAUUUCACAAAUUUCCUUACCACAUCUUACAAGAGCUGCACGACAAUGACAACAAUCCUGUACAAUAGGCACAGCCUUUUCAUUAACAUAAUCAGUGAAAUAUCCUCUGUCUGUAUACUUUACACGCAAACAAAACAACUCAAGCUGAGAACUUUAUUGCUGAUUCACGUUAUACCACACCGCCUUCUAAUAUAGAUCUGAUCUAUAUUAUAUAUACGUGUACCUUAGAUAACGCCUCUCUGAACGCCAUGGUGGGACGUUCCCGAGUUGAAGUACUGUACAAGUCCUAAGCAUUAGAUCACCCCAAUUACUCUUGUAUACUCUUUCCAUACCAUCGUGAUCUUUGCCUGACGAAACCAUACACAAACAUAUUUGACAUUUGGGGCCUAAUUCUAAAAUCACCACAUACCAAAUGCACAACCAUUUUGUCUUGCUGCCAUCACAAAAUAAUGAUGUUUAAACCUUAAGUAACAGAGUCACGGAGGGUGUAUAUAUUUUUCCACACUACAUGAAGUUUUGGGAUCCUUAUAGACUGUGGAACAGAAGUGUACUCAGUGUGUCUCCACCGUUUUAUUUCAUAUUGGAGUACAACCAUUUUUCUUUUUUACCAUUAAGGAUGAAACACUUGUUUCUUUUAAAACACCAUCUUUAAAUCUUUUUCUACCUCCUAACUAAACCCUCGGACUUAAGACACGAUCUUUGGAGCUGUUGACGCCCUUCUCAGGGUUAAACAACAACGUCUUUACAUUACCUUCAUUAAUAAUUUGUCAAUCUAUCCUCUUGGUUUUUUUAUUUUUUUUUUGGAGCAAAAGUCAGGUCCUCUCUCAUUUCAACAGGUCCUCUUGUUGGUGAAUACACAGCAAUCUUCUAAGGGUAUUAGGAUUUCUCGGAGCAGACAUUGUAGCAGAUAGUUGCAGAGUUUCUUCUGUGUUUUAACCACAACGUCUUAACCAUUAUUUUAACACUGAGACACAUGACUCCCUUUAAUUCGUUAACAAACACAUUUGUAAAAAUUCUGGUCAGCAAAACCCCCAAAAGAACACCUGUCUGUCUCUCUCUCUCUCUCUCUCUCUCCCACUCCCACCCACGCACACCCACAUGGUCAUCAGAGGUCAUAAAUGUACUGCUGGGACAUGGGAUGUCAAAGCAUAGACAAAAGCUUAUGUAUUUAGCGAUAGUUCUGUGUAAGUAUCCUCGUUGGCGAACCAUUUUCUGAAAUCUCGUUUAUAGAUUAAACAAAAUGCACGACUCUUUUAAAACACCGUCUUUAAAAAAGGUUUUUCACCCUUAAAUUAACCUGGUUAGAAGGUAGGAUAUGUAAUACAUAUUUUCAUUUUCUUCAGGCAUAUUGUCACUUCAGUCUCCACAACGAAUAACACCGAAGGUUUUGACCUUUCUUUCAGUAAAAGAGAACAACGACAUCAUACAGCCUUGAAGGACUGUAGAAAUUUUUAUUUUAUCAUCCUAAAUGGUUAGGUUUAGAAGGCAUGUAAUACGCGCGUUUCUUAUAAAACACCGUCUUUAAAACGUUUACCUCCUAAAGGGACCUAUUUAGAAGGUAUGUAAAAACUUUUUUUUUUUUUAACAUUUCUUCGGGUAUAUCAAUGUUUUAGAGUAUUUAUUUCAGUAAAUUUUUAUUCAAAGUCGUGCCAAUUUCUCAAAAGUGCAAUCAAUAAAGUUUAAUUUAUUUCACAAGCUUACAUUCUGCUCAUUUAUGUUCACAUUCAACCAUCGUGUAUUUUCUAACAGCGGAGCUAUACAAAACAAACCCCCACAAUCUAAAUUUAAUGUGUGGUUGCAAGA